AUGGCGACAAAGGCUGCAUCACCCAGCACCACGUCCCACGCCCGUACCUGCCUGUGUUCACAAACCAAGCACCCUGGUUCCUUCAAGUGCAGCCAACAUCGCCGUUCCAACCACCCACCCGCACUCGUGCCCGCCCGUCGAGCCACGGCGGUGCGAGCAUGGUUGAAUUACAGAGAAAUAGUUUUGAUUGCUGGAGCAAAUCCCCACAAGGCGUUUCUGCAUCAAGGCGUGAAGCCGUCGAGAUCGACCGCUAUUAGCAUGCAAAGGAGAAGGAAUUUCCAACCUAAACCUUAUAGGUUCUAUUUAUUGAACGGCAGCACCCUGGUUCCUUCAAGUGCAGCCAACAUCGCCGUUCCAACCACCCACCCGCACUCGUGCCCGCCCGUCGAGCCACGGCGGUGCGAGCAUGGUUGA